AUGAGAAGAGAAUUCCAACUGAUUGAACAAUAUCGAGGAAUGUCUUCGUCUAGUGGUCGUUAUUUUGGGGCGAUCCUUAUUGGCGUUCAUCUGGUACUGUUCUUCAAAGUGGUGCAUGCUGCAGCAAGUCCUCGGCCCAAUAUCGUUUUCAUUUUAGCUGAUGAUUUGGGCUGGAACGAUGUCGGUUUUCAUGGAUCCGCACAAAUCCCCACGCCCAAUCUGGACGCGUUGGCCUACGCGGGCAUCAUACUCAACCGGUACUACGUGAAUCCAAUCUGUACUCCGUCUCGAUCCGCCCUUAUGACGGGCAAGUAUCCGAUACACACCGGUAUGCAACAUACAGUACUUUACGCGAUGGAACCGCGAGGACUUCCGUUGGCGGAGAAACUGUUGCCACAGUACCUGAAGGAUCUUGGAUACUCCAAUCAAAUGGUUGGUAAAUGGCAUCUGGGACACUAUCAGCUUCGCUACACACCACUCCAGCGUGGCUUCGACAGUCACACCGGUUUCUGGACCGGACACCAUCAUAUGAACGAUCACACGGCAGUCGAACACGGCCACUGGGGUCUUGAUAUGCGGCGUGACUACGAUGUAGCAUACGAUCUUCACGGAAAGUAUACAACGCACGUGAUCGGCUCGGAAGCGAUCAAUAUAGUGCACGAUCACAAUACUAGCGUGCCCUUAUUUUUGUACGUAGCACAUGCAGCCGUGCAUUCGGCAAAUCCUUACGACUUUCUACCAGCUCCGGAUGCAACCGUCGAGGAACUGAACCACAUAGAAAAUUAUCGUCGGCGUAAGUUUGCUGCCAUGAUGGUGGAACUGGACCGAACGGUCGGUAGUCUCGUGGAAGCAUUGCACGCACGUGGCAUGCUGGAAAAUACGAUCAUCGUGUUUAGCAGCGAUAAUGGUGGACCGGCGGAUGGAUUCAACGAUAAUGCCGCUUCAAAUUGGCCACUGCGGGGGGUGAAGAAUACGCUGUGGGAAGGUGGCGUACGAGCGGCCGGGUUUAUUUGGAGCCCAAUGCUUCAGAAUGUGAGCCGAGUUUCGCACCAAAUGGUGCAGGUUAGUGAUUGGCUUCCGACGCUUUACGAAGCAGCAGGUGGCAAUGUCAGCUCCCUUCCAACCGACCUGGACGGUAUCAGCGUGUGGCAUGAACUGAGCAGCGGUACACCAACAAGACGCAUCGAAAUACUGCAUAACAUCGACGACAUUUGGGGCAGUUCGGCACUUACCGUGGGCAACUGGAAGCUUGUCAAGGGUUCGCACUACAAUCGCACCUGGGACGGUUGGUACGGCCCGGCAGGGAUUAGGGAUGAAAAAGCCUACUCACUGGAUGCCGUCUCGGGCAGCCCGGCGGGCCAAGUAAUGGAGGACCUGAAAAUGCUUCCUUCGCGCGAUCGCAUAACGCAACUGCGCCGUGAAGGUACGGUUUCGUGUGGUGCCGGUGCUCACAUGGCAAACGAAUGUAACCCGCUGGAAAGUGCUUGUCUGUUCGAUGUGGAAAGUGAUCCCUGCGAGUACAAUAAUUUUGCCUCCGAACAUGUGCACAUUUUGCAAAGCUUGCUGGCACGGUUGGCCGAUUACAACAGCACGGCUGUGCCGCCCGCGAACUUAGAAGAUGAUCCACGAGGUGCACCACAGCACUGGAACUACACGUGGCACAACUUUGGCGACGAACCGGAACCGGAAGUUUUGCUAAACGAAAGUCAAGAUUGGUAG